AGGAGCUCCCAGAGCUGCCAGUUCCCUGGGUCAUUCCAAGGGAAGGUGUGAGAAUCGUGCGGGGACAGAGCCAAUCACCUCAGCAAACUCUGCUCAUACCAGGGACUUAGUAAAUUUGCAGUCAUGCCUUUCGGUAAUACUCACAACAAAUGGAAACUGCAUUACUCAGCGGAGCAGGAGUUUCCUGACCUCAAGCAUCAUAACAACCACAUGGCCAAGGUUUUGACACUUGAUAUCUACAAGCAUCUCCGAGACAAGGAAACCCCCAGUGGUUUCACCCUUGACGAUGCGAUCCAGACAGGCGUGGACAACCCAGGUCAUCCCUUUAUCAUGACGGUGGGCUGUGUUGCUGGUGAUGAGGAGUCAUACGAGGUUUUCAAGGAGCUGUUUGAUCCCGUCAUUCAUGAUCGUCAUGGUGGCUACAAACCAACGGAUAAACACAAGACUGACCUGAACCAUGAGAAUCUGAAGGGUGGUGACGACCUUGACCCCAACUAUGUGCUGAGCAGCCGCGUGCGGACUGGCCGCAGUGUCAAGGGGAUCGCCCUGCCCCCACACUGCAGCCGUGGAGAGCGUCGCCUCAUCGAGAAGCUUUGCAUAGACGCUCUCAACAGUCUGACUGGUGAACUUAAGGGCAAGUAUUACCCCCUGUCCAGUAUGUCUGAUGCAGAGCAGCAACAGCUGAUUGAUGACCACUUCCUGUUUGAUAAGCCAGUCUCCCCCCUGCUCCUUGCUUCUGGUAUGGCUCGUGACUGGCCUGAUGGUAGAGGAAUUUGGCACAACGACAGCAAGACCUUCUUGGUCUGGGUCAACGAGGAGGACCACCUCCGGGUAAUCUCCAUGCAGAAGGGCGGCAACAUGAAGGAGGUUUUCAGGCGUUUCUGUGUGGGCCUGAAGACGAUUGAAGAUAUUUUCGUCAAGGCCGGCCGUGGUUUUAUGUGGAACGAACAUCUUGGUUACGUCCUGACCUGCCCCUCUAACUUGGGCACUGGCCUGCGCGGUGGCGUCCAUGUUAAGAUCCCUCACCUGUGCAAGCACGAGAAAUUUGGCGAGGUCCUCAAGAGGACAAGGCUGCAGAAGCGCGGCACAGGUGGUGUUGACACCGAGGCCGUUGGCAGUGUCUAUGACAUCUCCAACGCUGAUCGUCUGGGCUUCUCUGAGGUUGAACAGGUGCAGAUGGUGGUUGAUGGUGUGAAGCUGAUGAUUGAGAUGGAGAAGCAACUGGAGAAAGGAAAGAGCAUCGAUGACCUGAUGCCAGCCCAGAAGUAAACAAAAAGAAGUGGUGGUGGAGUUAGAAGGAACUCUGAGCUGCCUUGGAACAUCACAGGUCAUGAACUUUGAACUUUGGCAAGCACUUCUUACUCAUAUACUUCCUGGCCACAGGCUUGUGUCUCAAAUAAGGAUGUCAUCGUGUGAGGAAAUGGAAGUUGGCUUCAAUCACGUGAAAGGGUUACUAGAUACCUCUAGAUACAUUUGACGACACAUCAAUAAAGUAUGGCCCCAGAA